AUGAAGCAGCGUUUUUAUUCAACAUCAGGAUAUGACAGAAUAAGGGAGGAUGGCUUAAUACUGCCUCAUAGCCGAACUGUUGAGAAGCGCGUUGUACUAACUCCACUAACAACUGGUUGUUUACGACCUGUUUUGCAAAACUUAAAACAAGAGGUGCAAGAAAUGCCAGAAUGUGCAAGAAGGUCCAUUGCAAAGUUCGACGAGAUGGACAUAAUGGAGAAGUUGGACUACGAUUCUUCGAAAGAUAUCAUCGAAGGAUUUGAAGCUCUUGGACCACUGCGUAGGACUGCAAGACGAGCAAAUAAGGUGUUCGCUAUGACUUUAAAUAGUUUCGUCACUUUUAAUCCAUGGCGAGCACUCAUUUUCUACGCAUUACCGUACAAUGGUGUUAGCGCAAAACAUUUGGUAACUCUGAUCAGAAUGUGUAUGGAUGAAGCCACAGAAUGUGGUGCGGAUGUGCAAAUGAUCGUAUGUGAUCAGGAAGGGUCAAAUAGAUCAGCCUAUACACAGCUUUGCGUCACUACAGAGAAUCCGUUAUUUUAUCACAAGAAUCCUUGCCACGCACGAUUUUUGUCACGCAGUCAAAAAUUUAAUAAGUGA